AUGACUAUAGCCAUUGGAAAGUCUUCCAAAGAACCAAAAGGUUUAUUUGAUAGUAUGGAUGACUGGCUAAGAAGAGACCGUUUUGUAUUUGUAGGUUGGUCUGGUCUAUUACUUUUUCCGUGCGCUUAUUUUUCUUUAGGUGGAUGGUUUACAGGUACAACUUUUGUAACUUCAUGGUAUACUCAUGGAUUGGCUAGCUCUUAUUUAGAAGGUUGUAAUUUUCUAACUGCUGCUGUUUCUACUCCUGCUAAUAGUUUAGCACAUUCGUUAUUACUAUUAUGGGGUCCAGAAGCACAAGGAGAUUUCACUCGUUGGUGUCAAUUAGGAGGUCUAUGGACUUUCGUUGCUCUUCAUGGAGCUUUUGCUUUAAUAGGCUUUAUGUUGCGCCAAUUUGAGCUUGCUAGAUCCGUACAAUUACGUCCUUAUAACGCAAUUGCUUUUUCUGGCCCAAUUGCUGUUUUUGUUUCUGUAUUUUUAAUUUACCCACUUGGUCAAUCAGGUUGGUUUUUUGCACCUAGUUUUGGUGUUGCAGCAAUUUUCCGAUUCAUUUUAUUCUUCCAAGGUUUCCAUAACUGGACUUUAAACCCAUUUCAUAUGAUGGGAGUUGCUGGAGUCUUGGGAGCUGCUCUUUUAUGUGCUAUUCAUGGUGCAACUGUAGAAAAUACUUUAUUUGAAGAUGGUGAUGGUGCAAAUACAUUCCGUGCGUUUAACCCAACUCAAUCUGAAGAAACUUAUUCUAUGGUUACAGCUAACCGUUUCUGGUCUCAAAUCUUCGGUGUUGCAUUUUCUAACAAACGUUGGUUGCAUUUCUUUAUGCUAUUUGUACCAGUAACUGGUUUAUGGAUGAGUGCUAUUGGAGUAGUUGGUUUAGCUUUAAAUUUACGAGCUUAUGAUUUUGUUUCUCAGGAAAUUCGUGCAGCUGAAGACCCUGAAUUUGAAACUUUUUACACUAAAAAUAUUCUUCUAAAUGAAGGUAUUCGUGCUUGGAUGGCAGCUCAAGAUCAGCCUCAUGAAAAUCUUGUAUUCCCAGAGGAGGUUCUACCACGUGGAAACGCUCUUUAA